AUCGGCGCUCAGUCGUUGGAUGAACUCGGGCUGGCGGGAGUCAAGAGUCUGUUUGCAACACGCAACAAGCCAUGAGGGCCAACCUGGUUACCGUGGCUCUGUUACUGGUCGCGGGCUGCGCGGGAGCGCUCGGACACAAACUGCCCUCCUACUUCGGCAAGCCCUGCUCGCGGUCGCUCCCUGAUGCGGACCUGAGCGCAUGCGCGCAGCGCGCCGCCAACGCGGGCAUCCCCUCGCUCACCAACGGCGACAAGAAGCUCCGCAUCGCCAGCAUGAACCCGCUGCUCGUGCCCAGGGUGGCGCUGUCGCAGGGUGGCUCGAGCCAGAUCAGCCUCAACCUCACCUGGGAGCCGCUCGAGAUCCACGGGCUGCCCGAGGCCCGCCUCAGCAAUAUGAAACUCAGCUGGAAGCGCAAGACCACCGAGUUCGACAUAUUGCUGCCGGUGUUCACCAUGGCCGGUAACUACAAAGCGGCGGGCCGCAUCCUUCUGCUGCCCAUCACCGGCUCCGGGCCCUCCAACUUUACUUUUGAGAACUUGAAGAUCCACUACUCCUUCGAUUGGCCGCUGCAGAAGGCGGCCGACGGCAAGGAGUACGCCACGGUGGUGAACUCGAAGAUCGCGAUCGUCAGCGCAGACGCACUCAGGUCCCAGCUGAAAGGUCUCUUUAACGGGGACAAAGUGCUAGGCGCGCAAAUGAACUCGUUCCUCAACGAGAACUGGCGUGACGUGCUGCGCGAGCUGGGUCCCAGCCUGGUGGAGGCCGCCAAGGAGGUGGUGGAGCUGGCCAUCAAGACCCUCAUCGCGAGCGUGCCCAUCCCGGACAUGUUCCUGCCGUGAAGAGGCUGUCUGAAUGUGUUAGUGUCGUUGUACUGUACACCGGUUGACUCAUUAGUUUUUGCCACCUGGUGGUGUUGAAAAAGUACGCUGAGCGCUGCAUUGAAACACGGCUAGGAAAUAGGUAUAGGCAUUAAGUAAAGUGAAAAGAAAUCCAACCGUUGGUGCGUUUAACGUUACACUGAAAAACUUAGUGUUCUUCUGCUCAACACUUGCAAGUGUGCAACUGAAAGUGUUCAACUCGGUAGGUGUGCACUUGCAAGUGUGCAACUCCUCGGUUAAGCACUUCCUCUACAGUGAGCGUUUAAUCUAAGUGUUUAACCGAGGAGUUGCACACUUACAGGUGUUAUUGAGCAGUUGAACACUUAGUUUAUCAGUGUACUCAGGUUUCUAGGCAAUUUGUCAUGACAGUUCAUACAAAUUAUCUAAAACUUUCGUUCAAUAAUACAAUCGAAGAGAAACAUUCUCUUUUAACACGCUGAGUCCCACGUGACCACUCGUAUGGCCACAAUAAGCUGUUAUUGAAAUGCCCCACCCCCUCCAUGGACUCAGCGUGUUAAACGAUUGGAGCCGUACAGAGGCGCGAUCAAUACGAGCGCGACGCCCGCUCCCGCUGCACCCGCAGCCCGCAAAACAGGCGGCGCGAAUGGGUUGCCUGUCCUGCCGUCUGCAGGCGGACAGCAGGCGUAUCUUCUGGUUGAUUGUAGAGGUGUUAUCGCAUUUCCAGAACUAACGGCCGUUCCGUAAGUGAAAGGGGCUAGACUUAAUUUGUUUUCGUGAUAAAGCUGACACAAAAUGUAUUGGUUCUGUAAACCUGUCACUGAAAUAAUGUACAAAUCUUCAUAGCAUGUAAGUAAAGAAAAUCUAAAAAAAUAUAUUUUAAAAACGAUAUUUUAA